CAAAAUGUAAACAAUCAAUCGCAGGGGAGUGUUGAGUUACGCCGCGAGUCAUGGACGAGUCACAGUGUGUUAAACUCUCUUUACAACACUUUGUGUCGGCUGAACUUCACUACGGAGCUGCUACGAGGCUGUGAGUGAGGGGGAAAGAAACAGCUGAGAGACGAAGCAGCUUUAAGAUUUGUAUGCAGUGUGGGAAUGGGUUCCCUCCCUCGCUGGACCAAAUGGAGAAUAAAGGGAGUGACGAGGUGGAAAAAUUGAAGACAAAGUUCUUGUCAGUGUGGCACAAUGUGAAGUACAGUUGGGCUCUCAAAUCCAAGACCUCAUUCAGUAGAAAUUCACCAGUGCUGCUUCUGGGAAAGUGCUACCAUUUCAAGGCUGAAGAUGACGAGAGUCUUCCUGAAGCCAGCUUUGAAUCCUCUGAUGAGGACUUUGUCAUGGGGAACGUGGAGGCUUUCCGGAAGGAUUUUACGUCCCGCGUGUGGCUGACCUACAGGGAAGAGUUCCCUCCACUGCCAGGCAGCGCACUGACCUCUGACUGCGGCUGGGGCUGCAUGCUGAGGGCCGGACAGAUGAUGCUGGCUCAGGCACUCACUCUGCACUUAUUGGGCCGAGACUGGACCUGGCCAGAGGCGCUGACACUCCAGCCUUUAGACACAGAGACCUGGACUACCUCUGCUGCCAAGCGUCUGGUAGCUUCUCUCGAGGCUUCUCUGCAAGGUUCCCCCGGGCCCUCGGAUCACGGACCCUCACCAGCAGCACCCCAGGCCCAGGCCCAGGCCCAGGCCCCUGGAUCUGCAGAGGAGGCAGACGCACACUUGAAGGAGAUGUACCACCGCUCUCUGGUGUCCUGGUUUGGGGACAGCCCCUCAGCUCAGCUGGGCCUCCACAGGCUCGUCCAAUUGGGCCUGACGAUGGGGAAGCAGGCGGGGGACUGGUAUGGACCAGCUGUGGUGGCACACAUCCUCAAGAAAGCUGUCGAGGAAGCGAUGGACCCUGGCUUGGCGGCUAUAACUGCCUAUGUCUCCCAGGACUGCACAGUGUACAGUGCUGACGUCGUCGAUUGCCACAGGGCACCAAGACCAGGGCAGGUCGACAGUGAGACAUCAGACACUCCUCCUCUCCCACAGAACGACAAACCGGCAGCGGCGACGGCAACAGCUUCAUCUGUGGAAGAAAACCGAGCCGUCGUCAUCCUCAUCCCCGUGAGGCUGGGGGGAGAGAAGACAAACCCCGAGUAUUUUGACUUUGCAAAGAGCAUACUGAGUCUGGAGUACUGCAUAGGCAUCAUCGGAGGGAAGCCCAAACAGGCCUGCUACUUUGUGGGAUUUCAAGAUGACAGCUUGAUUUACAUGGACCCUCAUUACUGUCAGUCUUUUGUGGAUGUCAGCACCAGCGAUUUCCCUCUCCAGUCAUAUCAUUGCCCCUCACCAAAGAAGAUGCCUUUCAGCAAGAUGGACCCAAGCUGCACCAUUGGUUUCUAUUCCAAAAGUGCUCAAGACUUUGAAAAAAUCAUGCAAGAGCUGUCUAAGGUGCUGCAGCCGUCAGCGAAGGAGAAAUACCCGGCGUUCACUUUCGUACAAGGUCAUGGCAGAGAUUACGACCUGUCGGCGGGCCUGACCCCGGAGAAGAGAGAGUGGCCCUUCAUCCGUGACCCGCGGAGGACGGUGACCACCGCCGGGGACUUUGUGCUGCUCUGACGGCCCCGUUCGGAGGCACUGUCCUGUUUUAAUGAAUCCACCUGAAAAGACUGAAGUUUAUUUAACUUUUUUUUUUUUUAAACUACAUUAAUGCGGUGUUUUGGAAACGUUGUUGCUGGGCAGUUACAGACAAAACGGUUGUCUAAGUUUUUUUUUUUUUCUUCUUCUCCUUAUUUGUCGCCCAGCAACGUUACCAUAGUGAAUAAUUUGUCCUGGAAGCCUCUGGACAUUUCUUCGGUGCUCUGCUGAAAAUAAUAACAUUCUUUAUAUACUACGCAUUUUGAACAGAAGCAUUAAGAGGACUCAUUUUGCACCAUUAUUUGUAUUUUUGUACACUCAGACAAGAUGCUCACUUUAUCAGCGCAGCAGAUUUAUUUUGUUGCACCUUACACUUUGAACACAUAUCGAAGGAUCACUAGUUACAGUUCAGCACACUGCUAGGGAAGGACUUUACUCUAUUCAUAGCUAACAGAAGUAGUAACUUUGACUGGAAUCAAUCUUGUCACAGUAUUUAGAGUUUUUUUAAUAAGUAAGGGCUCUAGGCGUCGACUAGUAACUCCGCCAAAAAAAAAAAAAAAAACGUCUCAGCAAACAAGAUUUCCGAAAAACACCUCUGCAGCCGGAGCGGCGCGCGCUCCGAGGGAGCCUCUUUGUGAUCCUGCCAACGUUUCUUUUAAUCCGCACUAGAUCGCAUUUAUGUCUCCCGGCAAUAAUUUAUAACGACGUGGUGUGACUGUCUCGUGUGUUUUGUUUUGCGAGUGCCAAGGAAGGAGUUAUUCAUCGCGGUCAAAGUGAUCAGUUGUUUGAAGUUCAUGUGCUAAAACCUCACUGAGCACUGUCUGUUCCGCAUCACAUUUCAGAAUGAGACCCUUUGUUCGCAGGAGGAUGUUGUUUUUUUUAACGUUGGUGACUCCGUUUGGAUUCAGGGAUGUUGCUGAAACUUUUUUUUGAACUAGGAAAAAUAUCACAAAUACGAUAUAAAAUGUCUUAAUCAAAGCUAUUGUUUAUAUGUAUGUGUGUGCGUGCAAGAAGACUUUGGCCAAUUAUUUCAACGUUUUUGAGAGGCGUUUUUCAUACAUGUGUUGUAACAUUUCACUGCUCUUCAUCUUUUCUUUAAUCCAAACUAAGCAAACUAACUACCAGUAAGCGGAGAAGAAGCACACUUUUAGGACUUUUAUACACUGAAGUAUCACUACUGUUGAAUCAGCCGCAACUGCUUUCCUACAUCACAAUGUCUGUGCUGCGUGUAUGUUUGCACAUAUUAACUGUAAAAAAACAAAGAGGCAAAAGAAGUUGAAUAAAGUCAAAAUAUUUCUCCUUGCUUCUUGACGAAUUCCCAGAGAUUCUGGAAGAAUAAAAGAUACCAACCUUGGUGUGUUGAAAUGCA